CGACAACUCGCGAUCGCAUGGUCACAACCCCAAAAGAGAGGGCCAGUUGAAUAAAAUAUUUAGAACCAUGCUCCUCUCAGCACCAGCCACCCGGUGGACGACGCGAUCCCUCCUCACCACCCCAACUCGUCUGUCCCACCUCCGCUUCUCCUCAUCCGCCUCCGACGCCUCCGCAUCAACAAUCGCAACCUCAUUCCUCUCGCGCUUCCAAUCCCUGGGGCCCCAAACCCGCUCCCAAACCCUCGACGCAAACCAGCUCCGACUUCUUUCCUUAACACUCAACCGACCCUCUCUCUUCCCUGCCUCCCCGCACCUCUCCAGCACCACCGCUCCAAACAAUGCCUCCACUGCCGAUGUCGAGCAUGCGCCCGGAACCCCAGUUCCCGCCGGAUACCACCUCGUCUAUUUUACACCCGCCUUCCUUGAAAACGAGCUCGGUGCUGACGGCACAGAUGCCAGCUAUAACCCCGCACAUCCAUUCACGCGGCGCAUGUGGGCCGGCGGGGAGGUAUUGUGGCCGCGACAGAACGGCCAACCGAACCCAUUGCGCGUCGGCGAUAACGUCACCGAGACAACGAGGGUUCUGAGCGCGGAGCCAAAGAUAGUGCGGAAGACAGGGGAGGAGAUGAUCGUUGUGGGCGUCGAGAAGGAGUUCAGCAAUGCGCAGGGCGUUGCGGUUGUUGACCGACGGAACUGGGUCUUUCGCAAAGCCCUCCCAACACCGACAGGGACAAGAGUAGCAACAUCAGCGGCACAGAACCUUCCACCCCCAUCACCACCAUCACCGCACCCCGCCUCUGCAGCAACAUCAUCGAGCGGCCUCACCCAUACCCGUACACUGCGCCAAACAGCUGUAACGCUAUUCCGCUUCUCAGCACUCACCUUCAACCCGCACAAAAUCCACUACUCGCUGCCGUGGGCGCGGGAUGUCGAAGGGCACAAAGACAUAGUCGUGCACGGGCCCUUGAACCUAAUCUCGAUAUUGGAUCUAUGGAGAGAUCUCCGCGGUGGUGGCGGUUCUGAGAAUUUGGAUGUGGUGCUGCCUGAGAAGAUUUCGUACCGCGCGACAAGCCCUUUGUAUGCGGAGGAUGAGUAUCGGAUUGUAUUGACGGAGGGGACUGACAAGAAGAGUGCGGUGGAGAUUAUUACGCCUGCUGGGAAUGUUGGGAUGAAGGCUGAGAUUACGGGUGUAUAGAUAGCUCUUCGUUAUUGAAGUCCAGGGCAUAACUUACAUGGAUGCUCAUCUUGGUUAAUUCCACGGAGCUUGUUGUUUUCUAGGAUUCUAGAAUGCAUGGUGGAUUCAUGGUUCAAUUUGCUGGAUCAUGCAGCUAUAUAUGUUGAUGCUUGGCCUAGCCCUCUCAAUGCCAUGCUGCGAUAAAACAACCCCGACUAUAUACAAAAUGCUAUACCACUCAAUUCUGCGCUAUUAAGCUGAAUUUACCCUUGGGCAAACAUUGAAGAUAUUAUCCUCUCCUGUAUAGUUACACAAGCGUCAGCGAGAUCACGUGGUGUCAGCUGUCGCACGUGAAAGCUCAGCUGUUCUUCAAAGAAAGAAAUCUAUUUACCUUUU